AGUAGUUGAAAAUACAAACCAACUUCAUUUCUAUAUCACAUAUCAUAAACCCACCAAAACCCACUUUCAAAAUCCCAUAAAUUUCCAUAAAGAUCAAAUCUUUGGAAAAUAUAACAUAUGUAAUGACACAAAUGGUGGUUUGUGGCGGCGGCGGAGAUGGCGGCGUUUGUGGCGGCGCAAGAAAAAUGGGCUGUUCUUCAAAUUCAAAACAAGAACCUGAAAAUAAUAAUAAUAAUAAUCAAAUGUCUUUGAUUGAGUUGAUAAUAGCAGUUUUGAAGAAAACAAUGUCUGCUUGUAGAUUUGAUGAUGAUCAAGAAACAAAGUUUAAGAAAAUGGAAAUUGGUUGGCCAACUGAUGUACAACAUUUGACCCAUGUUACAUUUGACAGGUUUCAUGGUUUUUUAGGUCUUCCUGUUGAAUUUCAAGUUGAUGUUCCUAGUAGAGUCCCAAGUGCCAGUGUUAGUGUUUUUGGCGUGUCAGCAGAGUCGAUGCAGUGUUCUUACGAUUCAAGAGGCAAUAGUGUCCCAACUAUUCUACUGCUCAUGCAGAAACGAUUAUAUGAUCAAGGUGGUCUAAAGGCUGAAGGCAUAUUCCGUAUAAACCCCGAGAACAGCCACGAGGAGCAGGUGCGGGACCAGCUCAACCGAGGCAUGGUGCCUGAAAACAUUGAGGUUCAUUGUCUUGCGGGCUUAAUUAAAGCUUGGUUCCGGGAGCUUCCAUGUGGUGUCCUUGAUGGGCUUUCUCCUGAUGAGGUUCUGCAGUGUAACACAGAAGAGGAGCGGGUUGAGCUCGUGAAACAGCUAAAACCCACUGAGACAGCAUUGCUUAAUUGGGCUAUCGAUCUUAUGUCUGAUGUUGCAGAACAGGAAGAUUUCAAUAAAAUGAACGCCAGAAAUAUCGCCAUGGUUUUUGCCCCGAAUAUGACUCAGAUGUCGGAUCCAUUGACAGCUCUAAUGCACGCUGUACAAGUGAUGAACUUGCUCAAGUCCUUAAUUGGAAAAACACUAAGAGAACGUGAAGAGACCAUCACCACAGAUGGAGGUUUCGCACCCGCAUGGGGUCCACUAACCGACGAUGAAUUCAACCAUCCAGAAGAUAUGCAGUCUAGUUGUGAACUAAGAAUAGAGGUAUCAUCUGAAGAUGAAGAACUAGCUGAACAUAACUGUAACGAAGUUGAAUCACUUAGCGAGAUGGAAGAAAGUUUCUUGAAACAGAUAGAAAAGAACAAAAAUGCCAAAGACCGUUUCAAGAAAGAAUUGGAUGAUUUGGUAACUGAACGUUUUAGUCCAACUAGCAGAAUUGUUUACAAAGAGGAUCCACCUGCCGAUAUUGAUGGGUUCAGUGUGGAGUCUAAAGAAACUGAAACCAGCCUAAAGAUUGUAGGUCAACAUGAACGAAUUUCAGGACUGCCUAAUUCUUAAAAACUGUUUGAAAAUCAUUGCACAAAUCCUCAAUAUCGAACUUGCCUGUUGUAUGUGAAGUAACUUUUUAAUCAUCUUUUCUCAACUUUGUAAAAUAAUAAUGUUUGUUUUAUGUGAACUUGUCUAACCCGUGUUAACGUAA